CUUAUUCUCAGACGUUGGUGUUGACUGUCACCUCCACAUUUUUACUUUCGGUUCGGCUCGUUGCGCACUUUUCUCGUCGUUCUCAGACGAAGACACACUUUUUUUCUUCGCAAGAGACCGCGUAAAGGCGAACAACCAUGAAGACCGUCAUCAUCCUGUUGGCUGUUCUCUACAUAGUCCAUGUUCUAGAGGCCAAAGAAGCUUCGCCAAAGGUGCAGGUCUACAGCCGUAACCCGGGAAUGUAUGGUGAAAAAAACGUUUUGAUCUGCCACGUCAGCGGCUUCCACCCCCCAGAAAUCAAAAUUGAUUUGCUGAAGGGCGGACAGGAAAUACCUGGAGCCAAGCAGACUGACCUGGCCUUUGAGGAGAACUGGCAGUACCACCUCACCAAGAAUGUGGAAUUCACUCCCAAGGCGGGAGAGAGGUACUCCUGCAGAGUGACGCACAUGAGGAAGACACAAUCAUACGAGUGGGAGGCUGAUAUGUAAAACCUGCCCAGUUCAUUGCUCCAGGUAUGUCUCUGAGGUGUCUCCUGCGUCUACAGGUGGAAGAUUGGACUUUGUCUACAGUCUGGAAAUUAUGAAUUUUGGCUUUCACAAAAGUCAGAUUUAGACGUUAAAAGUGGUUUCGAGCUAGUUGAGUAAAAAGGGAAAAAUGACACCUGAGUUUAAAGCAGGACUAAACUGUGCACUUUUUUUUUAGCUUUCCCCAUCUUUCCUGUCCAUCUUGUGGCCUUAAUAAUAAAGUCAGCUUGUCUUUGAAUCAGGAUGAUGGUCGGAUGGUCUGCACAUUCAGGCAAAAUGUAAAAAUAACAGCAAUUAAUCUGAAAAUCACGUUUACCACCCGUGAAUGGACAAGAACCAGUAAAUCAGAAUCAGUGCAGUCACAACAAACUAAAUCAUCCUGAGGCAUCAUUUAUUCUAUUAUUUUAUUACGCAGCUUUUCUGCUGGGGUGCAUUCCAUGUUGGGUUUGAUGUUUUAUCUGUAAAUCUUCAAGAAUUAUUUCCAUCAUGAAUUAUUCUGGACAAACAUGUCUGCUUCAUGUGACAAAUAUAAAAUCAUGUAAAACUUUCUCACUGGAUUAUUUUGUAUUGAGCAUAAACAUGAAAUAAAUGGAUAAGAUUUUA